AUGGUUGAAGGACUCCUGCAGAUCACGCCAGAAACUAUCGUGAGUCAAGGACGCCUUACAGAAUCGGGUAAUCUUCACCAACAAUUAAAUCACAAUCGCUCUCUUUUGCUCAAAGUAAAUAAGAAGCUUUUCGACGACGAAUACCUCGAAAGGACGUCGAUUCAAGAGUUGAACAAGAAACUUCGUCGGCUGCCUGAAGGGCUGAUUCGGAAAUUCAGAAAAAGGAGACGAAUUCUCAAGAAUCGUAAAUAUGCUCUAAAGUGCCGACAGAAAGGAAUAGAGCGACAGAGCUACAUCGCACAUGAAAAUGCAGCCCUUGAGCGAGAAAUUCUCCAAGCAAAUAUGGAAUUGAGAAAAGUUACCCAGGAAAGGGACAAAUAUCGACAGAAAUACGAACGAUUGAUGGGUCCUGUUUCUACUUUGAACACAUCAAGAGAGUUUUCUAUGGUGGACUAUGGCAGAAUUGUAACGGAGCCUUGACUGAAAAAGGAACUUAAAACUUGCCAAAUAAUAAUUUCCAUCGCUCUACUCUUAUAUAUCAUUUGAUUUUUGUUGUCAAUUUCUGUUAUCCUUGGAACACUCUCGCUCCGAGACUCUUUCAAUGCUUUCAAAAGCGAAAGAUAUUACGGGAUUCCCCCCCUACGUCAUCUUCAUUGGGCAGAGCUCUAAAUCAUUUCUGUCAUUAUUUCAAAACUUGAUUGACAGCCGGAGAAAGUCACGUGAGGUAAUAUCGCAGCAUCGCAACUUUCGUAUCCACGGCCAUGUGCUCCCGGUACGUUCAGUAAUAGACUGACAGCGGACAAAACAUGACCGAUGAAGAACUUUAUGUCGAUUUUCCCAAAAUGGACGACACUUUUGAUGCUAGGUUGGCUGAAGAUGAACCCAGUUCUUAUUGGGUCGGCUUUGAACCGCUCGUUGCCGAGGAUGAAAGCUCUCUAACGCAAAUGCACCUAUAUUCUGUGCGCCCAGAUUGUUACACAACCAGCUCUACGCCUAGUGAGCAGAUCACCGACUUGGAAAUCGCAACACUCCCUAUACGCGAACUUAACAAACGCAUGAAGAACCUUCCCCAAGCAGAGGUAUUGCAAAUCAGAAAACGCCGGAGAAGCUUGAGAAACCGCGAUUACGCGACCAACUGCCGGCGAAGGCGUGCAGCGGUUAAAGAGAGCUUGCUGACAGAAAAUCAGCGAUUGCAAGAUCAGCUACGGGCGGCAAAUGAAUUCCUUUCCAGAGCGGUAAAAGAAAGAGACUCUUACAAAAGAAAAUUUUCAGAACUACAUAAGGCGUAUGUCACCUUUAAUAGACCUAAUGUUGCAAGAAAAUGGUAACUUUCAUGCAAUGGCAUUCAGUAUUGGACCGACAUAUUAAUUUGAGUAGAUUCGAUCACCGGUCUCACAGCCACGGAAACAAUAAUAAUACGUGUUACUGGAACUUUCCUUCAAAAUUUUAUCAUGUGAAGUCGAAUUAAGGUUAGUGUGCUCCAAAUGUAUACCAAUUACACGAGCUAUUUUGAGUAAUAUUCCGAAAGAAUUUCAUCAUCAGUCAUAUUUCUCAUAUCCUAGCGUAUUGUUAGAAUACUGAGGCUUAUAACGCCUGGUUAUUUCAAUUGGAAAUUCCGUAAACUAUAGCUUUAGAGACUCAGACACAACUCUCGUGUUUAGACAUUAUAGUUGCUUUUAGAAUGGCUUUGUAUUUCAGUCAGUGAUAAAAUUAACUUUACUUCAAUUCACUUGAUAACAAGCUUAUUCUAUUUGAACAUUUAUUUUUAGACCUCUUUAUAACGCGAAAAGUCUAAUGUAAUUCGAACAAUUGCGUAUACAUAUUGUUUGUUGUUCAGAAGGGGGAAAGUUCUACCUACCUACUACUAACAAUGAUAUCUGUUAUAAAAUCCAAAACUUGCUGUGGAAAUUUCGUUAUAAAGUCGGUAAAGAUUGAUUCGUCAGUUAGAGAAAAUGUCUCACUGAAAGAUCAUUUAAUACUGUUGCAGACUGAAAAAAGUCAUUUUGUGUAUUAUAUGAUUGUGUCCGUAGGCGAUAUUUUUAGGUAAACAGGAAGGAAUAAAUUUUUGAAUCAAAUGAAUUUAGAGAUAUUCAUGUAAUUUGAAGAAACUAUACUCUACUUCAAUUUGAUGUUGCAUGUUGUUAACAAAUUAUGUACAAACCCGGUGUUAAUAACUUUAAUAAAAAAAGUUUUUCAGGUAAAUUUUGUAUGCAAUUGAUGUCUUCAACACAACGGCUUUGAUUUCAGCUUAACUCACCCUGCUUACUUUGGGUCAAAGCAUUAGACAAAAGAUUUUUAAAGUUUUCCUUGAGUUUACGUUUACUGAUACUGCACAACUUCAAGGUGCUUGAUUUAUCAAAGGGAAAUGUCUUUGAACUAACAAAUUUCAGGCAAGCCAGCAGCAUGAACAGUUUGUGAUGUCUCGACAAAAGUUACAGACUUAAGCAAACGUUUUCUUUGGUAACAAUAUGAUACUGCUACUCUUUAUAUGCCUAGGCUAGUGACUUUUCUUCAAUCAAACCAAGUGCAACCUAGAAAUAUUGUGACUUUACCGAGAUGAACUGCUAAUCAAUUGUAAGUUACACUGCAGAUUUUCAUCCGGUUUUGUCGCGGCUGAUAGGUCUUCAGCACCCAUUUAGUACAUGAAGAGAGGCAUUGUGACAGUAAAGUAUCUUCGCCAAGAACACAACAAUAAAAUUGAAACAACUCACAACUAGAACCCAGCGAGUUGAUCAUGGAACCAUCGUGUCUCUCAAAUCGUUUUUAUCAAUUUAGAACCAUUCGUUCAUAGGGAAACUUUUCAAGCAUAAUUACGAUUCUCUAAAGCUCGUUAACUCUUAACGAUAACAGGGACGUCCCCUCUACAAGAGAUAUUCAAUUUCGUUUGGGUAUAAGAGACUAGAAAGUGUUAAACAUGAGAACUUGAGACGCACAUGAAUUUCGAUUCAUUGAAUAAAAAGAAAAUUUGACUUCUUCGGUCGAUAGUCGCUUAAAUUAAAAUGUUUUUCCGACAGUGGUCGAAAUGGACGUCAAGAUAUCAAAUCCUUUAGGAGAAAGUUUUAAUGCUGGCAAAGAAAAUUUUAAGUAGACCCAACUAUAAAAAAUCAACGAGAGGGGAAAAAACCAAAGAUCACAAUACUUCUUAAAAUAGGCUUUCAUAACAUAUCCACAAACACAUGAGUGCUGUUUCGACUUUACAACAAAAAUGGAUACGUUGUGAACAUCUCUCAGUACCACAUGAAGACCUCGAGGAACCAAGAGUAUGAACAAACCGCACAACAGUGUCACAUUCAUGUAGCAAAUUGUGUAAAACGAAAUAUACUCCUUUUGUGUGAUUAUUUGUUUGAUUGCUCGCAAUGUUUUGUUUUGUUUUGCGAUUUCCAUGCCUACUAAGUUCAGUUCAUCUCCGCCUUUGCAUACGUUUAUGCGGCUCUUUGCGUCAACAAAUAGAAUUCCAUUAUCCAUGAAUAGGUUCAUUUAGAGACAGCAGCAGAAGAAGAAGAAGAAAAAGGAAGGAAUAUUAAAUCUGAUUAAUUUCCCAAAUGAAAAAGAAAAGAAAAGAAACUUGGUUGGUUACAAGAGUCUCGUUAACCCUCAUGGAAGACACGACUUGUAGAUAGUUUGCGAGACUGAUGUAUUUUUUUCCAUCACCUCGUUGCUGUGUAUAUACUCAGAAAGCUUCAAGAAAAUUCUUGGAACAGGACCGCGCAAGGGAAUUCCCCCCGAAAUGAAAACGAAAGUUUUCCUGUUUCAGAAACUUAAUAAGCUAUUCAGCUGCGAAAUUGGGGGGAAAACCCUCAGAGACUUUCACUUAGUCAUUGUGAUUCGCUUCUGAAAAGGGAGAAAUUGUUCAUCGACGCUGCAUUUGUUAUAUGAUGGAGGAAGAUUUUGAUGCCCUGUUCGGUGUGUACUGCACCGAUGCCAUGAAACACGUUUUUGAAAACCUAUGGACGGAAGAGAGUCUUCUAUUUGAGGAAAACAGUUCUACCUCCAACACAGAUCGCGACAUCCAAGAUACAAGAAAUGAAGAAAAUUACUCAUCUUCUGAAUCUGAAACUGAGAGCUUGAAUCCUUCGACGAUAAGCGACGAACAAAUUCAAAAUCUCCGCGUGCAAGAUCUCAACAAGCUUCUUCGGGACCUCCCGCGGGACGAGGCAGCAAAAAUAAAGAAGCGAAGACGCAACUUGAAGAAUCGAAACUAUGCUUUGAAUUGUCGCAUUCGUAAACAGCAAAAAUACGAAGAUCUGCUAAACGAGAACUUCUCAUUGAAAGAGCAACUGGAGAGUGAGAGAAGUCAGCUAAGAAAUGUCUGGAAAGAGAAAGAGGCGUUCAAGAAGAAAUAUCAGCAUUUGCAGAAGUCUUUUGCUGUCUACAUGCAAAGCAAGAUAUCUACCGAGCUGCCGGCAUGA